AUGCUUCCCGAGCGAAGAAGGCAAAUCUAUAACACCAACGACAGAGCUCCCAAACUCGGCGGGCGAACAAUGAGGGUCCGCAAGGCGUGGGUGCUUGCACCGACUUUCUUCUCCCUCGUCGCAGCGCAACAAAACACUGCGGAUCCACUGGAGAUCUUUGCGUCGGAGGCAUAUUCAAUAUACACAGAAGCGACCUCAAUACUGGCUUCAGCUGCCUCGGCGGCCUCAGCAGCAAUUGCUUCAUCUUCGUCACAAGUCGCUACCACGUCCACCUCGUCCAGCUUUCAGUCAUCAAGCACGCCAGAAAGAUCAAUAGUCGUCCCAGAGGCUAGUCCAGACACGACUACAACUUCGUCGCCAUCCUCAACUUCGUCUUUGCUGUCUUCUCCCACCUCUGGAGCCGCCUCGUCCAGCUACUCCCAGACCUCGGCAUCAACGUCUUCACGGACGUCCUCGUCGGUAGUUCCUUCGUUGAUCUUACCGUCUUCGUCCUUGGGAAGUUCUUCAGUGUUGGGAGCUGCUGCCGCAACCGAUACAACCCAUCCGUCGACGUCAGCGUCCAAUCACGACAGCUCGAAGUUAGCUAUAAUACUCGGCUCUGUCCUGGGCGCCCUCGCCCUCGGGAUGACCAUUCUCACGGUGCUAUUAUGCCGAAAGAGGCGGCACCAUGGCCAGUCUCCUCGGCAUCGGGCCCUCUCCCCAGGCGACGACGAGGUGGAAGGUUGGAGACUGGAUCGAGCCUCCACUCUCACCGGAAGUAGAGAUACCUCACGCCUUGUGCCCGGCGCCUCUGGAGCCGCUCCUCUCAUGUCUGACCAUCCCGCAUUUCGGAAUAGCGGGGAGCAUGAGAAUCCUUUCGUCCCUGUCGUGCCACCACCUAGGCGAACAGCCCCGAACGCCAGGGCUGGCCUUACUGACGGGAUGGUGCCAGGCGAUGACCCUUUCUUGACCGAGAAACGGACGGGAGUUCCAGCAAGCUCCAAAGGCAACGUGCCCCAAAACAAUGGGUCCAAGCACACUACCCUCGCCGCCGCGCUGGCAGUUGCAGCCGCAAAGGAGGACUUUGUGCAUCGCCAGCGGGAUUCGCACACUGACGCAGUGCUGGAUGAGAAGCAUAUCCCAGAAGUCGAGCCGCGAUACAAGAUCAACCGCAAACCAGUCCCAGUGAACCAGAUCAACCACGCCGAGCCAUGGCCCUAUUCUCCGGUCUCGCCGAUUGACCCAAACGCCAAAAUCGGUGCCCUAAUUGAUGGCCCUUCCGGACGCGAGAGUGGCGAGCAUCAUCGAAGCUUCAGCCGCGACGCCGCCAGAGCCAAUGCCGCCUUUGACAAAGAAUACAUCCCGCCUAAUGCUGAGCAGGAGCGCCACGCCGAGUUGUCAGCCGGUGCACCAAGUCUCGCUGCUGAGGCUGUUGGCGGUACAGCUCUGACAUACCAUCAUAACCACCCAUUCUCGCCGAGCAGCAGCGGCAGCAGCAACGGUAGACGCAGUCCCCGGCGAAGCCAAAGCCCUCAGUAUGCACAGAUUCCGUCGCACCCUGAAGGUUCUGGAGCGUCCAAGUCUUCGAGAAGAUCGACUUCCAGCCACGCCUCCAGCGACAAUGCCACCUCGAAUGUUGACCACCCCGCCGACAACGGUCCUACCACUACUCCUACCAGUAGCCGAUCGCGACAGCGACCAACUCUGAUAGUCAGCGCGCCUCAAGAGGCGGCUAUCCCCCCCAGUCAGCCUCGGCAAAACACCCAUGAGACCUCCUCCGCACCAUCACCGCCAUCCUCUCGAAAUGACCGACGCAACAGCGCAGCUCUGGCCAACGCCGGUGCGGUCGUCGGUCAGAGCAACCGUCCAGCCGUGCCGAGCCCCCUGUCCAGCGAGAUCCAACGCGAUCGAUCGAACUCCCCUCCACGCGCUCCUCGACGGACCAGCAACGGCCUACUAGUGACAGAACGAGCGACUCGCAGCCCACGCCGUCGCAGCGCAGCCCGCUACAGCUACGAAUCUGACUACGCCCCCAGCCUUGGCUAUGACGCCACCCCGAGCUCUUUCUACGAGCCAUACUACCCUGUCGACAUGACUGGCAUGUCAGGCAGCAGCGGAAGUGGAAGUGGAGUUGGAAAGUCGGCCGGCGGAGCUGCUGCAUCAGACGGCUUUUACGUCCACGUCCCCGAGUCCGAUGACAUCGCCUCGGUGCAGAACACUCUAGCAAAAGGUCUGAACGGCGACAGUCGCUAUCCUGACAUGGGAGUCGUUCCUCAGCGCAACAGCAACAGCCGUGGCGACUACGAUUUCGAUCACAAUCACAACACUUACAGCUAUGGCUCUGACUCGGAUUUCCAGACGAUGGAGCCCUCCGCCUCUGUCGACCACAACCACAACCACCAUCCUUCCACAUCCCAACUGUUGGCCCGGAGACGUGAUGAUAAUGCCGUGGCCGCGACGGCCAUGUCUGGCUAUGACUCGACUUGGCGCCUCUCCACGGGCAUGCCCGCGGGAUGGCAGCGUGAGAGGACGACUGGUGACGAUGGCAAUAGCAGAACUAGUAAGCCCAGAGACAGUGGAGGAUCGUAUGGGAUGCGCGACUCAGGUAUUGCUGGAAUCAAUGGGCGGAGGAGGAGGCUGAGGGCGAGUGAUCUCGCUAGGGAGCAGCAGCAUGACGGAGGGUAUCUGGGACAGGGCGUCGGGCAGGCGCUGUAA